CAUGGCAGCAGGAGAGCAUGGCUGCUGUCAACAACGUUACCUUGCCGAAGUUACAAUCUUUAAACGGCAUUUUUGCCAUAUUUAAGAAACAGGGGCCCACCUCUGCCGAUGUGUUAAACACACUUAAACACAAGCUUUUAAAAGAGGCUGGCGCUGUUAACCAGAACCCUCGGAAAAGGAAGAAGCAAGCUUUAAAGCUCGGCCAUGGUGGGACCCUAGACAGCAAUGCUUCUGGUGUUCUCGUGGUUGGAAUUGGUGAAGGAACGAAGAUGCUCACCACGAUGCUGGCUGGAUCAAAGAAAUAUACAGCGGUUGGAGAGCUGGGCAAAGCAACGGACACCUUGGAUAGCACAGGAAGCGUUGUUCAAGAGAUGAGCUAUGAUCACAUCACAAGAGAGGCUUUUGAAGAAAAGCUGAAGGAGUUUAUUGGUGAAAUCAUGCAGGUCCCCCCUCUGUAUUCAGCAUUGAAGAAAGAUGGCAAGCGCCUUUCUGUAUUGUUAAAACAAGGGCAUAAGGUAGAAGCUAAGCCUGCACGACCAGUUACAGUUUACAACCUCUCGCUGCAAGACUUCAAUCCACCUCUCUUCACUUUGGAUAUUGAGUGUGGUGGAGGGUUUUAUGUCCGAAGCCUGGUGGACGAUUUGGGAAAAGCUCUGUCUUCAUGUGCUCAUGUGCGAGAGCUGACCAGGACUAAGCAGGGUCAGUUCACGUUGGAAGAGCAUGUGUUAAGAGAGGAGCGCUGGACCUUCCAGGACAUUUCUCAGAGCUUACAUCCCUGCCCAGAGCCCACAUCCCAGCAGAACAACAGCAAAAAGGGCAAGCCACAGGGGAAACCUGCCCAGCCUAGCUCUGGAAGUGCUAGUGGAGAUCACAAUUGCAACAGUACUGAAGGCACCAGCGGAGAUCACAAUGACUAGAGGCUACUACAGAACUCGAAGGAGCUGCCUUUAUCCAGUAGUUCUGGAUCUUUAUAUUAAUUCUAGUGACCUUAAUCCUUUUUUUUUACGUGCAUUAUUUUUUUUAGUUCUUGGCAGUAGUCCAGAAAUCACAAGUAACAAUGCAAUAUCAAGAAAUUGCAGUGCGUGACGGAGAAGCUCAAGUUCACUGGAGCAGUAACACAAGCUCUUGUGACUUAGACAAGGCUUCUUUAUGGUGGUAUUGUUUUAUAACAAUGUUUGGUUGGCUGCUGUCCUCAUCCAGAGUGUGUUCCAAAAGCAGUGAUUAUUUUUUUCCGUGAACUGUGAGCAGUUUGUGGCGAGACUAAACUGCUGUGUUAUUUUGGUGGCAAUGCACCAGCUGGCUGCUCUUAAUGGCUAUGAUGUAAGUAGCACUGAUGUAUUUGCAGUUAUUCAUUUUUUUAAAAUUUCAUUAUUUUAGAUUAAAAUCUGCCAUAUUUAGUGCUGGUGACAUUAAACCACAUUUUUGAUUAAAAGAUGUUCCCGAUCACCA